CCUUUACAAAACACACACAAAAACCUCAUAAUAAAAACCUGAGUUGUAGACAGAGAAACAGAAGACCACAUUUUCUCUACAGAAAUGUCGAAAGAAGUAAGCGAAAUCGGAGAAACAGCAAGGCGAGACUAUGUCGACCCACCACCGGCACCCCUCCUUGACAUGGCGGAGCUGAAGCUCUGGUCCUUUUACCGAGCCCUCAUAGCAGAGUUUGUCGCCACCCUACUCUUCCUCUACGUCACCGUCGCCACUGUCAUCGGCUACAAGAAAGAAACCGACCCAUGCGGCGGCGUUGGCAUCCUCGGCAUCGCUUGGGCCUUCGGCGGCAUGAUCUUCAUCCUCGUUUACUGCACCGCCGGUAUUUCCGGUGGUCAUAUUAACCCUGCGGUUACUUUUGGGUUAUUUUUGGCACGGAAGGUGUCUUUGAUACGGGCACUUGGCUACAUGGUAGCACAAAGUUUGGGUGCAAUAUGUGGUGUGGGUCUGGUGAAGUUGUUCAUGAAGAGCUACUACAACUCCUUAGGUGGUGGUGCAAACUCGGUUGCACCAGGGUACAACAAUGGUACGGCACUUGGUGCUGAGAUCAUUGGUACGUUUGUGCUUGUCUACACCGUCUUCUCUGCUACUGACCCCAAGAGAAGUGCACGUGACUCUCAUGUUCCUGUUUUGGCUCCACUACCAAUUGGGUUUGCGGUGUUCAUGGUGCAUUUGGCUACCAUACCCAUUACUGGAACCGGUAUCAACCCGGCCCGAAGCUUUGGUGCUGCUGUGAUUUACAACAAUGAAAAAAUUUGGGAUGACCAUUGGAUCUUUUGGGUUGGACCAUUUGUGGGAGCUUUAGCAGCAGCAGCAUACCAUCAGUAUAUCUUGAGGGCUGCAGCCAUCAAGGCCUUGGGUUCUUUCAGGAGCAACCCUACAAACUAAAAAAAGGAGGGGCAUAUGUGUCUUUUCUCCAGGAUUAAUUAUUUCUUUAUUUUUCCACUUUAGUUAUUAUGUUUGUGAAUUAUUUGGAUGUGGUUUGAACUUUUAUUGUUUCAGAUUUGGUUGUGUAUUUAUCUGGUCUUGAUUCUUGAUUAGUGAAAUGGUGGGGUUGUUUAUGUUAAUAUGUUUUUCCUUGUUUUCUUAUUUUUUGUUUAUGUUAAUAUUGCAUGAAGAUGUUAAACUCCAUUAGGGGUAUUCUUUGUAUUAAUUUUCUAAUAAACUUUGUUUAUAUCAA